AUGUCGUCCAUGUGGUUAUCAGAUUCCCAAAAAAUUGGAGUCGCAUUCUGCUCCGGAGAGCAAAGACUGACGGUCGACGUAGGAGGUUUCUUCCUCAUCGGAGGCGUGAUGCUCUUCUUUGACCGGGCCAUGCUGGCGAUGGGUAACAUCCUCUUCCUCAUCGGCCUCACAAUCAUAAUCGGUCCUCAAAAGACGCUCCUCUUCUUCGCGCGCAAACAAAAGCUCAAAGGCACCGCGGCCUUCUUUGGCGGCCUCGGCCUCAUCCUUAUGCGCUGGACCCUCAUCGGCUUCUUCGUCGAGCUCUACGGAAUCAUGGUCCUCUUUGGCGACUUCCUCGGCACGAUUGCCGGCUUCGCGCGGAAUAUCCCCGUCAUCGGACCCUACGUUGGCUUGGCCGUCGAUCGAAUCGGUCUUGGGCGGAGGAAUGCAGAGCUCCCCGUUUAA